AUGCCGACGGUUAGAUACAUUGAUCCCCGAAUCGAGGAGACAGCCGGAUACAUGCCGCCUCCAGGCAGAGUGUAUCGCGGACCUGUUCAUUCGUCCCAAUUGCACACGCUCUCGCUGGUCGAGAUCGAGCAGCUGGUUCGAACCUUGUACUUUUGCCGUCCUGCCGAUACUCAGGAUGCCCAAGAGCGUUGGCUCGCCUUCCAGAAAAGCCGCAUCCGCGACCUGAAGGUCCCUUUGACUCGCACCAGGGGCAUCAUUCAGCAGGUCGCUAACACUGUCAGCUUUUACGGCAUCCCCUUUACUUCCGACCACGCCCAUCUCUGCUGGACUCACAAGGAUCUCAAUGCCAAGCUGAUUCGCGCUCUUACCCUUCUUGUGGCUAAAGAGUGCACUCAGCGAGUCGACGGCUUUCGAUACUGGCGACGCAAAGGGAAGCUUGACGACAUCACUGACCGCUGGCUUACAGGCAUCGACAACAUCACGACUCUCUGGAUUGGCCAAGACAAGGCGUCCAAGGUGAUCAAGUACUACCCCACCUACAGACCCCCCGUCUUGGUCGACACCUCUUGCGAAGCCUGCAAGCUCGCUAUUCUGGGAGGCACCGGCAACAUGCUCCGGGACUUGCGCGCUGGACUCCUGGCUCGCUCUGAAUACCAGGACGAUCUUGGCAGCACUGACACCCAGUCACCUCUGCUUUUGGACUUUGUCAACGCUUGGCUUUCGACUUGCUACUCUAGCAACCGAAGACGCACUUUGACUAUUGAAAGCGAGGAAUUGGUCCCGGUUAUUCUGAGCCUCCGCCACGGAAGACGACUCCGCCGCCAGCAAAAGGCCGAAGAUCGCCACAGACGAGGUAAGCAUGACUUGAUGUACGAUCAGGAUUAUACUGAGAGUAUCCAGGCCCCCGGCAGGGAACCGCUCCCUUACCCAUCAUGGGACCGAGUUCCAAGCAUUUGCUUGCAGCCGCCCGCAGAAGAUGGCAGAAGAGUAAGUCGAUUGGAAAUUGAAGAAGCUGAGCUUGCCCAACACCAUCCAUCGUUUAGGAUGCACGCUUCGACUCCUCAUGCAGACAUCAGCUCUGUUGCAUACUGGGAGUCCCGCGGCCAAGGCAAGGACUUUGAGGAUCUCAUGCAGCGCCACAGCUCCGACAUGGACGAUGACGGCGUUGCCAUCUCGGACCUUGAGAGCCUGCCCAGCGAUCUUGACGACCAUCGUGCCGGCCAUCGUGACGGCAAUGACCAUGACAACAUGCAGGGCUUCCCAGUUGAGGCCGAGAGCGAGGAGCCAUGGAUGUCGGAUUACCGCAAGUUUGUCCGCAGUGGCUUUGACGAAGAGUCUCAGGAGCUGCUGCAGCCCAAGACCUAUGUGCCACCAGAGGUUCGCUCCAAGCAGUACUUUGAGGACGAUGAUCGCAUCACGGACGACUAUUCGCCAAGCAAGGCAAAGGUGCCACUCUAUGACUACUACGCUGAGAAACAGACAUCGCCUCGCACUCGACCACCGUUUGAGUAUCCCGAUUAUUCGACAAGCGAGGCAAAAACCCCAGGCUAUGACUACCAGGCUGAGGAACAGAUAUCGCCUCGCACUCGACCACAGGUUGGAUAUCCUGUCUCCGACAACAUGCCCGCCGAACCCGUCAGAGCUGACGGUUCGGUCUUUGACUACCAGGUUCAUGAGACAGGCAGUCCUUCUGCUUAUUCGACCAUUGUGCCUGGCACACGGGCCUCCGUUCAGUCUGACGACUUCCGGCUUCCUAGCCCAGCUUUGCCCAACACGGACAGGCCUUCUGUCUUCGACUACCAAGUCGACUACUUCAGCGACGAGGAGCCUGAGGAGGAUGAUUUCGCCGCCAACCGCAACAACGGCAACAACUACGAGGACAAGCCUCUGCCAUGGGUACCUGGCCCGAAGUUCAGCUACUACAAUACCAGCAGCGCGUACUCCACCGAUCCCAUGCUACUCCCUGGCCGCCAAAGCCUCGAGGAGCGCCCUGAGGUCUUGAGCCCUAUCCCGGUCCACCCUCCUUCGCAGACUGCGGACGUUCGACAGGGCUGGUCCAAGUACUCGAAUGAGCAUGAUGCCGAGAAAGUGCAAAAUGCAUCGCCUCCAUCUUUGUGCGUGACUCCAGUGGCUCCGUUGGCUCUUGUGCUUCACCCCAGCCGUGUCCGAGGAAGCAGAGCUGCAAGCCACCACAGCAGGGCUCGCUCACCUGGUGGUUUUGUCCGUUCUGGUGCCCCGUCUCCUGAGGUAAUGCCUCCCGUGCAGCAAUCAAAGGUGCAUGCUACUCAGGAUGGGUAUGUCGGGAGAAACCCUCACGACUCCAUCAAGUCAAUGUGUGCAUCCAUCGCGGAGGUGGCUAGCUGCUACUCGACCAUGGGCUGGGGAGGACCUCAGGAGUCCGAACCUAACCCGGAUUGGGUGCCUGUCCGAAGACGUUAA